AUGACAGCUUCCACCAAGGUUCGUGUCGCCGUGACCCAGCACGAGCCCGUCUGGCUGGAUCUGCACGCCACCGUCGAUAAAACCUGCCGAUUGAUCGCCGAGGCGGCCGGCAAUGGCGCCCAGCUGAUUACUUUCCCCGAAUGUUGGCUCCCGGGGUAUCCAGCAUGGAUCUGGUGUCGCCCCGUCGACAUGGGCCUAUUCACCACCUACCUCAAGAAUUCCUUGUCAUAUGACUCGGAGCACAUGCGUCGCAUCUGCAAUGCCGCUGCCCAGCACAAGAUCACAGUUGUCCUCGGCCUUUCCGAGCGUGAUGGCAACUCCCUCUACAUCGGCCAGUGCACCAUCGACUCCACGGGCAAGAUUGUGAUGCGCCGGCGCAAGAUGAAACCCACUCACAUGGAACGCACCGUGUUUGGAGAAUCUUCCGGGCGGAGUCUCCUAAAUGUAGUCGAUCUGCCCAUUGGUAAAGUGGGUGCGCUCGCGUGCUGGGAACAUAUCCAGCCGCUGCUCAAAUAUCACACCAUGAUCCAAGGGGAGGAAAUUCAUGUCUCGGCCUGGCCUGUUCUGCAUCCUCAUAUGGGGGGCGAGUCACUCUGGGGCAUGUCACAGGAAGGUGGAACGGGUGCGAGCCAGGUAUAUGCGCUUGAGUCGGCGUCGUUCGUCCUGCUCACGACCGCCGUGCUGGGUCCCACAUGCGUAAAGAAGAUGAACUUGUCUCCGCCGUGGGAUACCCUGGGAGGAGGCGCGUCCGCCGUCAUCGCUCCCGAUGGGCGCCGGCUGACGGAGCCAUUGCCCGCUAAUGAAGAAGGAUUCGUCUAUGCAGAUCUGGAUCUGGAUAUGAUAUUGACGUGCCGGCACUUUGUGGAUGCCUGUGGCCAUUAUAGCCGUCCGGAUCUGUUGUGGUUGGGGGUCGACACACGCGAGAAAACCCAGCACCGUCCGGAGGGACAGGCAGACAACGCCGCAUAUGGUCUGGAUGUUCCUUCAGGCCUUGUGGAGGAGGAAGGUGCCUGA